CAAAAAAGCAUGAAGCUUCCAAGAUCACCCACAAGGCAAUCACGUUCACACACACAGAAAACAAAAGAAACAAGCUAGACUUUGGAACAGGAAGCCAGCAUUUGCAUUCAAUAAGGCUGUUAAAAACCGCGCUUGACAGCUAACCCUUCAUGUGGAAAUAGUUCCUUUCACACUUGCAUUGUUUUUUUUUUUUUUUUUCUCCUUUUCACGGGCUUUCUCUUCUUUUCCUCUGGCUUCAUCAUCUCUCAUCUGCACCCCUUUUGAGAACUUCAACUUGUUACCUAAUUACUCUACUCCCCCUCUCUUGCUUCUGUGUUCUUCUUCUUCGCUUCUCUCUUCAUGGGGUGCUGCUUAAGUGCCAGGAUCAAAGCUGAGAGCCCUCCACGCAAUGGUUUGAGUUCAAAGGAUGGUAACAAGGAAGAAGAUGGCUUAAGCAGCAAGGUCUCAACUCCCUCCGAUCCUCCAACUCCACGGACGGAGGGAGAGAUCUUGAAGUCUUCAAACAUGAAGAGCUUCAACUUCAGUGAGCUAAAAACUGCUACAAGGAACUUUCGUCCGGAUAGUGUGGUGGGUGAAGGUGGGUUUGGUUGUGUUUUUAAGGGGUGGAUUGAUGAACAGACACUUGCACCAGUUAGACCAGGGACUGGCAUGGUCAUUGCUGUUAAGAGGCUUAACCAAGAAGGUCUGCAGGGACACAGUGAAUGGUUGACAGAAAUUAAUUAUCUGGGGCAGCUGCGUCAUCCUAAUCUUGUGAAACUGAUUGGUUACUGCUUAGAGGACGAUCAACGGCUUUUGGUGUAUGAGUUUUUGACCAAAGGAAGUUUGGAUAAUCAUUUAUUUAGGAGAGCUUCUUACUUUCAACCACUUUCUUGGAACUUCCGUAUGAAGGUUGCUCUUGAUGCUGCUAAGGGUCUUGCAUAUCUUCAUAGCGAUGAAGCAAAAGUGAUAUAUCGAGACUUCAAAGCUUCAAAUAUCUUACUUGAUUCGAAUUACAAUGCAAAACUUUCUGAUUUUGGCUUGGCAAAGGAUGGACCAGCUGGUGAUAAGAGCCAUGUCUCUACAAGGGUAAUGGGCACAUAUGGCUAUGCUGCUCCUGAAUAUAUGGCCACAGGUCACUUGACAAAGAAGAGUGAUGUAUACAGCUUCGGGGUUGUUCUGCUUGAAAUUAUGUCCGGCAAACGUGCACUUGACAGCAACAGGCCAAGUGGGGAGCACAAUUUAAUUGAAUGGGCCAAACCUUACCUCAGCAACAAGCGCAGGAUCUUCCAAGUCAUGGAUGCGCGCAUUGAAGGCCAAUACACGUUGCGCGAAUCAAUGAAAGUAGCCAACCUUGCCAUUCAAUGUCUGUCUGUGGAACCAAGAUUUAGACCAAAAAUGGAUGAAGUGGUGAGAGCAUUAGAGGAACUUCAGGAUUCAGAAGACAGAGCUGGAGGGGUGGGAAGCUCUCGAGAUCAAACUGCUAGAAGGAGUGGCCAUAGCUCAAGCAGCAGUGGGCCUAGACAACAUAGAGGUAGACAACAUGAAACAACAAGGAAGUGAAAAGUGAAUGUUGAUUUCAUGCUGUGAUCAUCUGAUUUUGCUAGAGUUGGUACAUUGUAUUUACGUGUAUCAUGAUGAACUUAAGCAUGGCUCUAGAUGUCUGAUUUCUGUACAGUUGUUGAUUGAGCAAUAAUAUUGAAAUCUUCAUUUCUUCCGAUACUUCUCUUCCCUUCCCACCCAUCAUCUAUCGUUGUAAAAUAGGAAUAUUUUCUUAUGUCAUGCUAUUUAUUAAUCAGAUGUGGUGAUAAGAUGAAUGCAUCAUCCUAUUUAUUUGUAUGAUGUAUUGAAAAGAUGAUUUUUUUA